AUGAAACAAUGUGUGCAUAUUACUUCUGUCUACUUUAGAGCACUGUCUAUCAACCGGUAGGGUGGCACCACGUUUGUUCAUGUUUAACCUCAAAUCAUGUUUGGCCGCUGUUUGUGGAAAGUUUUCUGAAUAAGCCUUGGACUUUCUGACUGUCAUUCUCCCACACACUCAUUGAACUUGUGACGGUGUUUGGCAAGGUUUUUGUCAGUUAGCCUACCUAGUAAAAAGCUUACCUGUGGCGGCGCGCAUACUCUGCCUGGCCUGUUUCUGUUUGUGGAAGGAGGGAUCCCUACAGUCAGCGUACUAGAACUCUUCGAUACAAGGGAGCGAAAUCAUUUUGUGGAGAAGACCUAUCGUUAAAAAAGCCUCUUCACGCACCCCCUCUGAAGCACCUUUCUCCUCCCUGUGUGGUGCUCUGCCCCAUGAUGAGUGCGCAGCCUCGGAGGAUCCGCCUAAAGCCCUGGCUGUUAGCCCAGGUGAACAGCGGGAGGUACCCCGGCCUGCAGUGGCUCAGCCCGGACCACCGGAUCUUCCAGAUCCCCUGGAGACACGCCACAAGACACCUACCCACCUCUGAGGAAGAGAACACCAUCUUCAAGGCCUGGGCUCUGGAGACAGGGAAGUACCAGGAGGGUCUGGAUGAGCCUGACCCUGCCAAGUGGAAGGCCAACCUGCGCUGUGCCCUCAACAAGAGCCGGGAGUUCAAACUGAAAUACGACGGCACCAAGGAGACACCCGUCCAGCCCUACAAGAUCUACGAGGUCUGUGACCAGCCCUGCAACGGAGACACAGUUGAUGAAGAUGAGGAGGAGAUGCCGAAUAUAGUUGGUCUCUCCAUUGACCCCAGAAUUAGUGACCCACACAGUUUUCAGGCAUACCCUACUGCACAUAGGAUAGACGUUCCCUUCAGCUCCCCUCUCAAUGACAGAUAUGGCACCCCCCACCACACCCCUAUGUACUCCAAUCCCAACGGGAGCAUUACCAUGGCAGCGCAUCUCCCUCAGCUAACCAUGGCUCCCCCGGAGUUUUCUGCCGACGUUCCAUUGGUGGUGAAGUUGGAACAUGGGGUCUUUGUGCACCCUGGACCCGUAGGACCCUCCAACAGCCUGGGGAUGGGUGGAGGGAGCAUGCAGCCUCCUGUGGUCACUGAGAUGUCCCCCAUGGUUCCUUCUGCUGCGUCUGUGGCUCUGGUUGCCCCUAACCCAGGUGCCGCCCCCAUGGAGGCCAUGUCAGGAGUCCAGAACCAGGAAGAAGGGCAGGCGGUGCCACCCUACAAAUAUGACCUGCUGAACAGCCUGCCAUUGACUGACCUAGACAUGAAGUUCCUGUACCGGGGUCGCAAGAUGGGCUCCCUGACGGUGAGUAACCACCAGGGCUGCCGGCUGUACUACGGCCACCUGGAGCCCACUCCGGAGCAGGUGGACCUGUUCGGCCCUGUCACCCUCAACCAAGUUCUCUUCCCUGGCUCGGCCGACAUCCAGAACGAGAAGCAGCGGUUCUACACAGAGCACCUGCUGGAUGUGAUGGACCGAGGCCUGAUCCUUGAGAUCUGGGAGCAGGAUAUAUACGCUAUCAGGUUGUGUCAGUGCAAGGUGUAUUGGUCUGGGCCGGGCAUUGACGAGCAGGGGCCACCCAACCCUAUGGAGAGGGAGAGGAAGUACAAAGUGUUCAGCCUCAAUAACUUCCUGCACGGGCUCAUCUUGUUCCAGAAGGGUGAAACUCCCACCCCACCACCGUUUGAGCUCUACUUCUGCUUCGGGGAGGACUGGCCAGACCAACGGAAACCCAAGGAGAAGAAGCUCAUCGUUGUGCAGGUGGUCCCAGUGGUGGCGCGGAUCCUAACAGAGAUGUUUUCUGGAGAUAUGUCCUGGUCCACAGACAGCAUCCGGCUGCAGAUCUCCAACCCAGACCUGAAGGACCAGACGGUGGAGCAGUUCAAGGAACUCCAGAGGCUUCUCCAGAGUCAGCAUGGCCUGGGAUCCUGAGUCAGGGGCCUCUUGCUGGGUCUUAAACAGGGCCUGUCCUGGAUCAAGGCCUCGACAACCUUAUUCAACUGCCUUUAAUGUUUUGUGUGUUGGGAUAUUAGCCUUCUUUCAACCCUGAGCCUCCCUCAAUGGAAUCUUCAUCCAGCCUAGAGCCCUGUAUCUUGGGCAGAACUACUUCUAUAUCAAAACCCAGACUGCUGUAUCCUCAAUGUGUCUUAAAUUAUUUUUUUGAAUUUCAAUAAAUACCAUUGCAGUAUUUUUUUUAAUAGUUGUGGCAGAUAUUACUCCCUCAAGUGUCACUCAUUUCUAUCCAUUUUCCUUUUGCAACACUAACUGGCUCUUUCAAGAAUGGACAUGGAUGCUACGAAGCCAUACAAUGUAAUGUUAUUUUUAAAUGAAUAUGGUAAUUUAUUCCUUGACCAAAACAACUGUCAGAGGGUGUUUAGGUCAAGGCUUUGUGAGAAUGGGUGAAAGUAUCCACUUGUACUGUCUCUUCACACAGGCUCAUCACCCUCUGAUUCCAUAGGUGAUCUGGUCGUACAUUGUGGACGUGAGGGUGAACCGGUCAGCAAAUUACUCACCACCUUCUAUGGAGUUCUACAUGCAUUAAAUGGAAAUUUGAUUAGUGUGAAUGGGAUCGAGGAAAAGUAGGGGCUUGUGUGGAAGUGUCUCCGGAUAUAUUUCCGAGUUGCAGCUACACAGUAAGCUACUUAAAUGUCCAGACGAAUGCAUGUCGGCAUCUAAGUAGAAAACACCUAUAGCACAAUAUCAAUGUGUGUAUGUGUUGUCUGACAGACUAGUGGCUCUGCAACAAAGAACACCUUGACCAACUGGUUACUUUUAGGGGUUGAGGGAUCUGAUAUGAACAAACAUGAUACAGACAAGGGCACGUUUGUUCCUCACGGUCGUUUUUAUUGUUGUUCACAACAUGGCUACAACGCCGACGGUGGUGUCUACCUCCAAGAAUGGACGAUGCCAGAGGUGGAAGAACAAAAAAAAAA